ACUGAGUAGAUCGCGAAAAUAUGCUGAAACGUAUUUUGUUUAUUGUAAUAAUAGCGCUUCUUAAAAGCUGCUACGCCGAGACACCAGAAACAUAUCUUUUAAAAUCACACAGUCUUCCGCCGGAUUUAAAUUUUAUGCCAACCCUGGGCAAUGGCCACCUGGGCUAUACGGUUUUCGGGGACUCCAUCUUCAUGAACGGAGUGUACAACGGAGCCGGAGGUAAUAGCAAACGUGCUCGCAUCCCCAACUGGAUAAACAUAAGCACGGAAGCCUGUGAUCGCUUCGGAUGCGCUUCUGCAGACGAUGUGGAUGUCAAUGGAACGAGCUAUGAGAUGGAUUUGCGAGAUGGCUACUUUCGCGAACGCACAACCUACAGAAAACUGGGAUUUUCAUUGGAACAGAGAACAUAUCCGCACAAGUUCUACAAUCGCGCUUUGGUCUAUGAAGUUGUAGCUAACAGGAUUGACAGCAGAAAUUCAAGAGCUCCAAAGUUCCUGAAACUCACCCAGUAUUCUGGUAAAUCGAGUGAUGCCUUCGACUUUGUCGUAGUGAACAAUGGCAGUUCCUCCAGCGGAGAUUAUCGCACACUUCGAGGUCGCACAAAGGUGCUUGAGUUUGCAAAAUUCCAACCGGAUCCCCAGGAGAUCUUUGUCCUCUUCAGUGAAUCCUUGGAGCAGCCCUUACAACUGCAGUGGCCCACCUGGCAAGAUCAGUUGAAUUACAGCAUUAUCAUCACCAUCGACAGAGACGAAGGUGUUGCCCGAAAGGAACUGCAGGCUGUGCACGAGUUGAGCUCUGGAAAUCUUCUCCAGAAGCACACGGCAUCGUGGAAAAGCUUUUGGGACAAUGAGUUCUCCAUCGAACUAAGGGGUGAUGCUUUGGAGCUCUCGCACAUUGUUAACGCUGGUAUCUUCUAUUUGGUUAGUUCCCUUCCGUCAAUCGAAACCAACCAGAAAAACGAACCCUUCUAUGGACUAAGUCCCACUGGUUUGGGACGUGGCAAUCUGGAAGCGGACUACCAGGGGCACAACUUUUGGGACACCGAGAUCUGGAUGCUACCGGUGGUCUCUCAAUUCGGCCUCGAGUAUGCAAAACAGGUGCUGGACUACCGAAAGAGCAAAUUGGAGGCAGCAAAAUACCAUGCGAACGCCACUGGCUAUAAGGGCGCCAGAUUUCCCUGGGAGAGUGCCUACACUGGAACUGAGGUCACCAAUCCCUGCUGCCCCGAAGUGGCGCAACAGGAGAUCCACAUAUCGGCCGACAUAUCCUUUGCGCUGCAAAAGUUUUUCGCCCAAUCGGCGGAUAAGGAGUGGGCCUGUGAGACAGCUUGGCCCAUUGCCUCUGAGGUGGCCGAGUUCCUGGUGAGUCGAGCAUCUUGUGAGGAUUCCCAAAACGUGUGCCACUUCCUCAGGGUAAUGGGACCCGAUGAGGAUCACCCGGACGUGAAUGAUAAUGUGUACACGAAUGCGGUGGCCAAAAUCGCCUUGGAAUUUGCCGAAUGGCUUGGUCAAAUGUGUGGUAACACAAGCACUGCACUCUUUGAAAGUUGGCGUGAUGUUAGCGAUCGAUUGGUGAUUCUGCGGGAUGAGGUCCUUGACUACCAUCCCCAGCACCAGGGCUAUAAGCCAAACACCAUUGUCAAGCAGGCGGAUACUAUACUACUGGGAUAUCCCUUAAGAUUUGAUGACAGCCCCACACACUUGAAUGACCUACGCUACUAUGCCAAUGUAACCCGAGAAUCGGGUCCUGCGAUGACCUGGUCCAUGUUCGCCGCCAAUUAUCUUACCUCCUGGCAGGAUAAACUGGCCAACGAGUAUUUCGAGCGUAGCUAUAAGGGCUACGUUCGACCCGAGUUCAAGGUGUGGAGUGAGACGCCGCUGGGCUACGAAGGAUCGGCGAACUUCCUCACCGGCAUCGGUGGCUUCCUGCAGGCCUUGAUCUUUGGCUACGGAGGCCUGGACUUUGGCCGGCUUGGCGACCAGUUCUCGAUGAUUAUAGGUCCAACUAGGACGCCGCCAAACGUGGACGAGGUCUAUAUCAACUCGAUUCAAUAUGGAAGGGCUAAGUGCAGCCUGACUUUCAGGAACCAUUCCAGCAAAAUUGUCUGUUGGGACAGUUUUGGUCCUGGUUUCCAGAAGGUUCAGGGUCAGCGGAGAACUUCGCUUGGCAGAUCCUUUAACUUGACCCAUAAGAACGAUGAUCCGCCCAUCGAAAUCAGCUUCUUGAGUUAAGUCCAAAGUGUAUUUGAAUAAUUAUGAAGAGAAUUACAUAUUUGGGCCGGAUGGACACAUAGGAGUU